UCAGGAGAUCGGGUUUGGCCCGACUGUGAAUAAAAUCUUGCCUCGCUUCUAUUCGGUGUCUGGUGGUUUUUUUCGACAGCACCCUGUUUCAUUUGGAGGUUCCACCGAGAGUCUAUGACCACCCGAAAUUCGGAGGCUGAAGCAGAACAGCUAGGGGAGAGCUCCCGAGAGACGUUCCUCAGCCCCAGCCUUCCGUUCUCAGACCUGGCUUAAGCAAGGUACGCGAGGCGGCGCCUAUUUUCUGUUUUCUGUUCUCUGUUUUCUGUUACUGGACAGAUCUGAUUCUAGGAGGGAAGGCUGAACGCAGCUUAACUUCCCCCUAACUGGUGUCUGGUGGAGAUGUCCCCAGCACCGUCUGGGUCUUUGGACCAUCUGGGUUGGGCUUGAUCACCCCAACCAUUUGUUCUAUGUUCAGUGCUCUGUGUGCCCUGUUAAAUGUUUCCUGUUAACCUAUCAUUAUCUCUGGUGUGACCCACUGUUUAACCUCCGUCAUGGGUCAGUCUUCGUCCGAGCCUUGCUCCCUCCCUUAAAUGCAUGCUAAAUAACUUCUCUGGUUUCAGAAAAAGAGGAAGGAACUAUGGCUUUAACCUAAAGCCUUCCUGGCUGCGGACAUAUUGCCCACUGGACUGGCCGACGUUCUCUGGGGUUGACUGGCCCCCAGAGGGCUCCUAGAAUCUUAACCUUGCUUAUGUUCAUCCUGCAGGAUGUUCAUCCCCACCAGGAGCCGUAUGCUGUGACUUGGGUCGACCUCCUAGAAGACCCACCUUCUUGGUUGACAGAGUGCCAGAAACAGGGCCAAAAGCUGUCAUCUGGCAUCUCCCUUUCCCUCUUCCUUUCCUGUUCUCCUCCAAACUCCAAACCCUUGCUUCCCAUCACUCAGCCUUCAAAGAGGCUUUCCCCAGUGCUUCAGGAGAUACUCAAAGGGAGGGACUUGUUAUCUGAUCCUCAGAGACCACUUCCUUCUCCCCAGACUCCACUAGCUCCCCAGGAACCAGAGGCCACAGGAGACCCUUUGACUAGUCCCCCACAUACCAGAUCAGGAGCCCUCUAUAGAGGAGAACACCAGUCCUCCAAUGCCCCAGUUCCCAUCCUUCCUCUCAGGCAAACGGCUCCGGCUCCCGGUCCAGAUGGGCAGCCAACACACCCGAAGCUUGUCUACACUCCUUUCUCCACCACAGACCUCUACAACUGGAAAACUCAGAACCUGCCUUUCUCUGAAAACCCCCAGGGCCUAAUUGACUUAUUGAGCUCCAUUUUCACCACUCACUUACCUACUUGGGAAGACUGUCACCAACUCUUGCAGGUCUUACUGACUUCCGAGGAAAGGGCCCGAGUGCUCCGGGAAGCCACGAGAGCAGUCCUCAGCCCAGAUGGGAUGCCUACCACAGACCUUCACAGAAUUGAGCACAUUUUCCCUUCCGCGCCGCCCCAGGGGGACCCUAACAUGGAUAACGGAAUCAUCAAGCAGAGCUUGAGUCAGAUCACACAACGACUAGAGGAAAGAGGAAGACAACGACAAAUUCAUCAAAAUUGGUAUGAGUCUAUAUUUUCCUGGUCCCCUUGGCUAACAACUCUCCUAAGUGCCCUUGCGGGACCCGUUAUCUUUCUCUUUCUAGCUAUAACUAUAGGACCCUGUUUGAUAAAACUACUAUAAAUUGAAAAAUAGGAUCUAUAAAGCUUAUGGUAUUGCAUAGCCAAUACUUUCCACUAGCCCAAAUGCCAGAAUAAGGUUAUUCAAAGGUUUGAAUAACUAACAAACAGGAGUGGGGAAUGUAAUAGGUCAACUUAAAGAUAUCAGAAAGCUUAUCGUAUAUAAGUUCGGCUUAAACUCACCUUUCAUGAAUAAUUGAGACAAAAGCUUACGUAGUUCCCUAUUAGGCUUAGCGGAAAUUACUAACCGCCCUAUCUCGCUUCUGUAACUUCACCUGCUUGCUAAAUAGAUAACUUAGGUUGCAAAACGCUCCCCCACCCCUUCUCCCAAGAUCUGGCCUAGGCAAGACCAACACGUAAAAAGUCACGAACUCAC